CAUCCUUGACCACAAAACAUGUCUUCGAGAAUUCUGUCCUGGCACGGCCGGCAGUUGAAGCUGAACACUCGCGCUGACGUCGAGCCCUUGCUCGCCGGCAUCGAUCCCACCACGAUUGAGGAGAUCCAUCUUGGCGGCAACACCGUGGGCAUCGAGGCAGCACAAGCGCUCGCGGACUUCCUGUCGAAAGCGACGUCGAUCAAGGUCGCCGACUUUGCCGACAUCUUCACCGGACGCCUCAUCACCGAGAUCCCCCCAGCGCUCUCCGCCAUCUGCGAUGCCCUCAUCGACAAAACGUCCCUCGUCGAAAUAAACCUCAGUGACAACGCGUUCGGCGGCCGCUCCGUCGACCCCAUGGUCCCCUUCCUCACCCAGAACCGCAGCUUCCAGGUCCUCAAGCUCAACAACAACGGCCUCGGCCCCGCGGGCGGCGAGAUCAUCGCAAACGCCCUCCUCAAGUCCGCCGAGCUCUCCAAGGCGGAGGGCAAGCCCUCGAACCUCCGCGUCGUCAUCUGCGGGCGCAACCGCCUCGAGAACGGCUCCGCGCCCGCCUGGGCCGCCGCGUUCGCCGCGCACGGCGGGCUCGAGGAGGUGCGCAUGCCGCAGAACGGCAUCCGCAUGAGCGGCAUCACCGCGCUCGCGAACGGGCUCGCGAAGAACGCGGGCCUCCUCCACGUCGAUCUCCAGGACAACACCUUCACCGAGGAGGGCGACCUCAGCGGCGUCGCGGCGUGGGCGGCCGCCCUGAAAGCGUGGCCCGCGCUGCACACGCUCAACCUCUCGGACUGCGUGCUCUCGGGCGAGGGCGAGGUCCCCGCGGUCAUUGAGGCGCUCGUCGGCGGCUCCAAUCCCAAGCUGCACACGCUGCAGCUGCAGAACAACAACCUGGAGGCCGCCACCUUUGAGCAGCUCGCGGACGCGAUCGCCGGCGAGCUCGCCACCCUCCGCCGGCUCGAGCUCCAGUGGAACGAGCAGGAGGACGACGACGAGUUCCUGGCGAAGAUCGCAGAGAGCCUGAAGAUCCGCGGCGGGAAGCUCUUCGCGACUGAUGAAGAUGAGGAAGAGGAGGACGAGGUCUCGAAGGAGGAUGUGGAGGACGAGCCAGCAGCAGCGAUCCCGCCUGCACCACCAGUUGUCGCUGCCGAGCAGGAGAAGCAGCAGAAGACGGUCAGCGACAAGGCGACGGACGACCUUGCCGACCUCCUGUCGAAGGUCAGCAUCAAGUCGACGUAGUCAUCGAGGUCGACGGGAUCGAAGUUGGAUGGGACGCAUUUUGUACUUACUGUGCCAAUGUAUGGAAGCACUAGAUUCUUGCAUAUCCGACCGCACACCGGAACACAUGCUUUGUUGUUGUACAGAUAAUGGGAUAUGGUGAACAUACAGGGUGGAGGUGCAGCCAUCGUCAGUACAAGUCGUACCUGGGAGUAGCUGCUCCUCGAGAGCAUCUUCAGACUGAUCUUCGGAAUUCUCAAGAUAAGAACGUCUUAGAGUGCUCCAGUCAAG